AUGCCCAAGUCAAGACGAGCCAAAGUCUUCCACCUAACCCAAGUCGCCAAAAAGACCCGCGAGCAAAAGGACAAACUCUUCCAGAACAUCCGCGAUGCCGUCCCCGAAUACCAGCACUGCUUCGUCUUUAGCGUCGACAACAUGCGCAACAGCUACCUCAAAAACGUGCGCCACGAGUUAAACGACAGCAGACUCUUCUUCGGCAAAACGAAACUCAUGGCCAAGGCACUCGGCCAAUCCCCCUCCGAAGCCAUCGCCCCCGGCAUCGAAGACCUAACGCAGUACCUCGGCGGCACGGUCGGCCUGCUGCUGACAAACCGCCCCGUCGAAUCCAUCCUCGAGUACUUCAACAACUUUGCGCCCGUGGACUUCGCCCGCGCGGGCGUCACCGCCCCUCGCGACUUUACUAUCCCCGCUGGCGUGGUGUACGCUACGGCCGGCGAGGUCCCCGUGGAGCAUGACGUGCCGCUCGAGCAUACGAUUGAGCCGGAGCUGCGGAAGUUGAAUGUGCCAACGAGGAUGGUCAAGGGAAGAGUUGUGCUGGGUGAUGAGAGCGGCGAGGGGGAGGGAUACGUGGUUUGUAGGGAGGGGGAUGUGUUGGACUCGAGGCAGACGAGGCUGUUGAAGUUGUUUGGCGUUUGCAUCUCUGAGUUCAAGGUCAAGAUUUUGGCGUACUGGAGCUCAGCGAGCGGAGAGGUUACAGAGGUUGAUCCAUCUGCCAUGGAGGGCGUUGACGAAAACUAA